CUCGGAUGAACCAAUCAUCUCCAGCUCUUCGCGAAUCAACUCACGACCCUAGAUCGAGGCGGAGUCCGGUAGACAGCCCUAGUCGAGGAUGCUUUUUUCUCCCCUUCUUGACCACGAAUUCCAAAUUUGCAUCCAUGUAUCGGCCUGCAAAGCUCGAUGAGGAGAGCAGACGCAUUCUCACCACUCUGCAGCUAGCGCGUCUCGCCCUCGAUGAGGCAGACGAGUACAAGCAAUUUCACUCGCAGAGCCUGACAGAGGCUGGCGGCGAGGGCAGCUCUUCGCGCGAUACUCAAGAGGCGAUUGGAGCCAUCCGCAAGUCAUUGGCCGUUGCCUUGCAAGAUGAAGGUGAGGAUAAAUUCAGCGCUCAAGAGUACGCCAGCAUCGUCGACUUUGAAUGGAGCUCCGAGCAGGGCAGGACACAUCCAGAUGAGAACCGAUGGGCGAAUGUGUGGCCUUGGAACCACUCGCUCCUCCCACCACCGUACCUCAACGCGUCUACGCUCCCCUGCCUGCCAUCAUCUCUCCUUCCGCUGCCCACUUCUCAGCCUUACAUUGCAGCGCAGGCACCUCUGCCCAACACCUUUCCCGCCUUCUAUCAUCACAUCCUCUCGACGCGUGCCACACUUCUCGUCAACCUCACCCCUGAAUUCGAUGCCUCGCGCGGUUUCAAGAUGCGCAAGGGCCACCGCUAUUGGCCCAAGGCAAAGGGUAAACCGAUGGACGUCGGUCAAGGGUGGAGCGUCGAGCUAAUGGAAGAGAGCAAAGACACAAGGCUGCUGGAUGUACCAGUCAAUGGGCAGGCAAGCUCUGGCAGGCGCUUCGACCCGACGAGAGACUGGAUCAUUGUGCAGAGGCGACUCAAGAUCACACCUCCUGCUGGAUGGGUGGAAGGACCCGCCUAUGACUUUGGAGCUGUCACGCAGCAGGGGGAGACACCAUCGAAACCAGCUACAUCGCCGGCGAUACCGCGCAUCAUCACCAUGCUUCACGUCGAGGAUUGGUCGGACGGAGGAGAUGCCGCCGCCGACAACUUUGCACGCCUAGUCGAGCUCGUGGCUGCGCACCAGCGUCAAGAGCAGGGAGACGUGCAGCCGCCUCAGUCCCCACGGCAGCAGACAGCGCCUCGCCCGCCCAUCUGGAUACACUGCUCGGCAGGCAUCGGCCGCACAGGCACUCUCAUCGGCGGAUUGAUGGCGAGGGACUUGCUUCUCCCGCUUCAGCAGCAAAGAGUGAGCGGCCCCGCGAAGGGCGACACUGCAACUCAAGCCACGAAUGGCAAACCCCACGCACAAGGCCAAAUGCUCGCCACGAUGCCCGCCCUCGCCUUGACGCUGCGGAUCUGGAGCCACAUGCGGACAAGGCGCGCAGGCCUCGUCACCACGGCCGAGCAAGCGCGAAUGAUAAUGAGCGAGAUUGAGAGGAUUCGAGGCGCAGCAGCCGCGUAGACGGGCCUCAACAGCAGCACACGGGACGCGCCGCGACUAGGAUGGAAGAGGAAUGAAUUCGAGGUUUCUGUAUCAUGAUGGCAGUGACAGGUGAAGAAGACCCGCAAAGAGGAACGCGCACCGCACGCUCUCGGCCCCCCAGUCUAUUCUAAGCACUCGCGCCGCACACGCCCAGUCUAAGCGGACAGGUAGAUUCGACCCUCCAAGGGGCGCAGCUUGCCCUCGUCGUGAGCAUCGCCGUGCGUGCCCAGCGCCAAGUCGAGAUUCUUGCCCUUUGCCUCGGCGGGCAGGGUGAAGGCGACUUCCUUCGUCGUGAAGUUGAGAGCCACGACGGCAAUUUUACCCUUGGCUUGCUCAUCGCUCAGCUUGGCGUAGACGAGCGUCUCGUCGCUCUUGGGGUCGUGGAUGCGGAAGAGACCGUGGCCGAGGACGUCAAUGUGCUUGGUGCGCAGCUGCAUGGCCUUGCGGUAGUAGUUGAGGACGGA